AUUGCGUCAUAAUUGUUUGCCAAAACACAAGAACAUUGUGUAACUGACUGUCUGAACACCUUUUUAACCAGGAGCAUAGUGUACACGAUAGAUAUUGUACCCCAAUAAAUUGUGCACAACAUGUCUCUUCUACGCAUAUGUGCUUCUAAAUCAAAACAUAUUUUGACGAAGGGAUUACUCGUGGAGUCUUCUGUUACAGGAUGUUCGCGGACAGUCAGUGGAGCAGCCAAGGACAAAGAACCGCUGCGGAAAGCCAAAACUCCGCAGGGUCGCUUCGACUUAAAUGAAGAGAAAAGCAAGGAUGUCCUCGAAAAGUUCCAAGAUGAUGUCCACCCUGACACUAAGGAGAAAGGGGGCCCCAGAGGCCCUGAGCCCACACGUUACGGAGACUGGGAGAGGAGGGGGCGCUGCAUCGACUUCUAGUAGCAUGCAGCGUGAAGAAGAAUUGGUGCACCUAACCCAGUGAAAUUGUAACGCAACAUACUGUUUCCUCGUGAAAUAAACUAAUGAAUACCUUCAUGUGCACUGUGUAUGCAGCACAGUCACCACUGCUUCCAUUCAUGAUUGUGAUGUUGCAAUACUGUUAUUUGCACAGUUAAAAUUACAGUUUUUUUUUCAAAUUAUGAAGCAUGCAACUGGACUCCUGUAAUGUAAUGUUAUUCCUCUUGUACAAAAAUCUGAGUGUGAUGAUGAAUAAAUCGUCUGGACAAUAA